GCCAUGGCUGCCUCAUCCAGUCAACCUGAGACUAUGAAAGCAGAAUGCAGUCUGGACAAUCCAAAGGUUCAUUCUUUUUUCUUAAUUCUGUUUACAAAAAGCUAUAUUUUAUUACUAUUACACUAUAUACAGUGUCAUUUCAUGGCCUUUGAAGAGAACUUUAUGAUUAUUUGGUAAUGUGUUCCAAAAAGAAACAUUAAAAGUUGCUGGAUGCUGUGUAAAAACUGCUUUCAUCAAGAAAACAGAAAACUACAUGCUAUGGUGUGAUCAUGACCUUUUGGUGCAUGGGUGUGGUGAAAAUCAAGAGUGGAGUGGAAAUUACAUUUGGGGGCAUUUGUUUGUUUCAUUGAUAAUGAAAUUUGAGAAUUUUGUUGACAUGCCAUGAUUCAUAUCUAUUUUAUGGUGGGAGGGGGGGUGUUUCUAUAAAGACAGUGUAAUAUGUGUUACUAUGUUGGGGAAUUGGAGUGAUUAGAAAAUUUGGCUAAUCUACCCCUAUCAUAUUAGUUUAAAAAUUAUGUACUAACAGUUGACAGUUACCAAACCUGGUAUGUCUUUUGGUCUUGUAUCUCCUUACUGUUCACUUUUAUUGUUAUUGUUUUUGUAGGCUUGCUAUUCUGAGACCAGUGAUCCAGCGUUACAUGUUACUCUUCUUGGUGGUGAGUGGAGUUCAUCUGCUGGUGGGUUGUCAACAAUAAACAGAGAGCUUGCUAUUCACCUUUCUGAUCAUUCAGCAGUGAAGGUUUCUUUGCUAGUCCCCAAGGGAGCUUGCAGUUAUGAAGAAAAAAAUGAGGCCCAUACCUAUGGAAUCACUAUUGUUGAGGCAAAAGAACGUGCAGCAUUUGAUCGUCUUGAUUGGUUAAGCUUUCCACCACAUGAGCACCUCAUGGAAAUCGUUGUUGGCCAUGGUGUGAAACUUGGUCGGCAAGUACAAGUCAUAAGAGACUCACCUCAAUUUUCAAAUUGUAAGUGGGCACAAGUGGUUCACACUGCUCCAGAGGACCUGAGCAGAUACAAAUGCUACACUGAUCCCAUUUCAAAAGGUGAAACAAAACACGAAUCAGAAGUUGAACUUUGCAAACUUGCUGAUCUUGUUGUACCUGUGGGACCCAGACUGAAAGAAGCCUACUCUUCAUAUUUACAGCGAUGUAAGACAGAUCAAGACGUUUUGUCCAUUACUCUAGGCCUUUUUCAAAGGGAGUUUGAGGAUUUAGUAGCAAAACAACAUCCUAACGAGGAUGGCGAAUUCAAAGUUUUGUUAUUUGGUCGUGGGGAUGAUGAGGACUUUGAACUCAAAGGUUACAACAUUGCUGCUCAAGCAUUUACUGAUCAACGUCUAAAAAACAAACCUUACCAUCUAAUCUUUGUUGGAGCACCUGAUAGAAAGCAAGAAGAAGUCAGGGAAAAACUUCUUCAGCGUGGUAUUGCAGAAGCCCAGUUGACUGUUAGAAAAUUUAUACAAAGUAGAGAGAAACUGAAAGAUUUCUUGUGCGAAGCUGACCUGGCCAUUAUGCCAUCAAAAUCAGAGGGAUUUGGGCUUGUCGCCCUUGAGGCCUUGUCUGCAGGUUUACCCAUUCUUGUAGGCAGUAGGUCAGGAUUUGCCAAAACAAUGGAAACUGUUCCUUAUGGUUUAUCAUGCAUCGUGAAUUCAGAUGAUCCUACGGAAUGGGCAAAAGCAAUUGAAGCUGUUCGUCUCAGGCAUAGAAUGCGACUUAAAGAGAUUAAAGCACUAAAAGCGUCUUAUGGAGAAAUGUACAGUUGGAAAGAACAAUGUGAAGAACUUGUGAAGAGAAUGUGGAAAAUGGUCAAUGGUAUGUUUUUUUUAAGAAAUAAAAUCUAGUUUAUAUGUGUCACUGUCCAAUUCAGUGAUUUGAAAAAGAGUAUCACUGCAUUCUCCCACACAAAAAUUGAGUAUAAUUUGUCAGUCAAUUUACUUUUCGUGGUAGUGACAACCCAUCAGUGAAGACAAAAAAAAAUGUUUAAGCCUGAACAUAUACCCCUCUUUUUGCCCAGCUUCCACCACCGCCAUGAGAAUCAAUCUUACUUGGUUGUACUACUGCCUUGGCUAAAAAUUUCCAGUCAUUCCGUCUAACAAUGCCGGUGUUGUUGUUGUUGUUUUUUUUUAAUAAAAACGUUGUUUAGGUAGUCAGUCUCGUCUUUUAGGCUGUCAGGCGAGUCGCAAACUUAUAAUUGCGCUCGUCUCGUCAAAGUCUGUAUAGUUGUAGUCUUGUGAGAGGUCGAGUUGUACGAUGAUUGGUUUAGUAAUCUGUCGGUAUGUGUCGGUUUUCUGUAAAUUGUCGUUCGUAUACUGUUGUAGGUAUCUUACCAUCUUCCUCGAUGUCCUUUGUAAACUGUAUGUCCGCCUUCUGUCUGUUAAGAUGUUCGUGAAAAUCGUCGAUUUCGUCUUUGUGUACAGCGGUGAAUGUGUCGUCAACGUAGCGUAACCAAAGAGGUAUAGUUUGCGGAAUAGAAGCUAGGGCUUAUUCCUCGACUGGACAACUAACAAGUUUACUAUGACAAUAGACAGAUCGAAACGCACCAAUGACAAUACGAGUCUUCAUAGGCAAUAACAUCAUGGCUUAACUAACAGACGACCAACAACUUGCAACUUAAUUGACCGAUCAUGUCAACUGACGUGUACAACUCACUUUGACUCUGAACUUGGCGACCGCACAGGUUGUCGAAACGUCAGGCACUGUCAACAACAACAGUCCUAUUCAGGACUAUGUUCACGCGGUCGAUCAUACUCAACCUACUCAUGAAAUGACUCCUAGGUUCAAAUGUUUCACAGUUCAAAUAAGAUUGCUAGAUUAACAGACGCUUGUCUUCACAGGACCUUCUAUCGAAAUCGACAACAAACCAAGAACAUACUCAUCUGUUGAAGAGCAGCUUGUUGCAGGAACUUCCCAUUUCAGAAGCGCGGAAAUGAUAGCUUCUAUUUUGACAGGAAAUAGAACUGAAAAAUCUACGAGUAACGAGUCUCAAAUCAGUCGUAAGCGUAAAAACUCAGGAUCUUCCUGUAAUCCAG